AGGACAUCAAGCCCCUGGUUGUCUACCCCACCCGCGUCAUGGGCCUCCCCGUCGGCAACCUCGGGCUCCAGUACAAGCUGGCCAUCUCCGCCAACGGGCAGCUGGUCGAGACCCGCCCCAGGGCGUGCUGGGGCCAGGUCGUGUUUCACGACGGGAUAUCCGGCUUCGACCUCGGUAACGUGUCACGCUUGGACCUCCAGAAGCAGGUCGUCACCCUUGUCCUGAUCCAGGUGGACGGCGCGACUGGGGACCUGCCCGUGGAGACGACGCUCGGGUCCGGCGUCGUGGUGCCGGGGAGCCCUGGGCAGUGCGCGGAGCUCGAGAGCGGCGGUUGCCGCGUGGUCGUCAGCAUCCAGUCCGACGCCGGCGAGGACGUCGCUGCAGUCGAGGUGGCAGGACAGAC